AGGCGAUCCCAUCAAUAGCGGAAUGUCAGUGAACGGCGGAACCAUUAAUAGUGACGAUACUCUUGAUGUCCAGUACCGACAAAAUAUUUAUAUGAAUGGCUACGGAAGACAUUUCGAUGUCGUCGACAAUUACAAUAAGUUCGCGCAUUUGAAUCCAUCCGUUUCCGGGUAUCCCAUCGUCCAAAUGAACGGACAUUUAAGGGAAAAUAGUCAGAGUUCGGGCCGAUACUCAUCAGAUCCCGUCAAAGUCAUGGGUAAAGACGGAGAUUUUUGUGAAAUAAUGAGAAACAAUACGAAUAUGUCGUCGAAGAGCGUUGAUUUCGCGUUCAAACUGCCAGUCGAUGAGGACGACUAUCUCAUGCCUUCGCCCGGACCUAUUGGUCAGCCCACGAGUUAUAUGGAUUUGAUCGGUGACGCCAAGCGAGCAGAAUCGGUGAACGGAAAAGUAAAGGACUACCGGUUUAUUCCGGACUUCCUGCCAGUCAAGGGUCAG